AUGAACAACCCUAGUUUAAGGCAGAAGAAUAUAAGUGUCAGUGUACGUGGUAGAUCACGAGUUCGAAUCCAAAGGUCUCAGUCACCACAAGGAAAGAUUAAUUUGUCAUAUUUUCGAUACGGAUCUGUGUCUCCGCCACGAAAGAUUGAAUCCAAUUGCAAGGACAAUACAGCAUCUCAAAUAAACUGUGUGCAACGUCGACACAGCUUAGUGAUACAAAGAAAAUCUCCAAGUCCCAUUACAAAUUCAUACGACAGGAUUAGCAUAUAUCAACAAAAUAAAAAACACACCCCUACAAAUGGACUCGAAACAGACAUAAAUGUGACGCGUACAAAUAAUUUACAGAUAGUAAACAACCAAUACGAAAAAUCAAUUCGCCAUACAGCUCUCACCCCACAUGCUAAUGGUAUUUCAAUAGUGAUUGGCGCAACUAACUCAGCUUCCAAUGAAACACCAGACAGAAAGUUGUUAAGAGAUGACUCAUUUAAUUUAAAUUCAGUCUCGCCAUUAGGCCGUAUUGGAGAGCCAGGAUUAUACGACCUUGGCAUACCGGUCGAUAGCAGUUUAGUUUCUCUCUCUACUAGUCAGACUGACAAUUCUAGUCUUAAUUUUUCUGCCCUACCAUGUUUGUCUAUAACUACAAAGCCUAUUGUACGUUGUCCUGUCUCAAAUUCACAUUCAAUUUCCAUUUCCGUUAACGGUAAUGCUGCUUUAUUAUUGAACGGGAAUAAUGACAAUUCUUAUUCAUUUUCUCCAAAAUCAACUAGUGGACAGACUACAAUAACAAGUUUACACAAUAAAAAUGUUGCUUUAAACGACCGACCACCACUACCUCAUUCAGACAUCAGUGUUAAAAAAAGUGGUGUUGCUGUAGUGCGUAUUUCCGCUACUAAUUCAACAAGAGUAGUGAGCAACUUACCUCCUAAGAAUCCCACCAACGUUAUCAGUGUUCGAAAUCCUCCGGAGCCAUUACAUUCCUAUAGUUCUUAUGAAAACUUACUAUCUAAUGGGGCUAGGCGUUUCAGCUUAAUUGACCAAAAUCCUGAACGUGCUAAGCUGCGAUAUCGAAGUGUUCUAACGAACGUCUUAUCCCCUAAUUCGUCUCAGAGGCUUUUCCAUUCAUCUUGUGAUCAUUACGUCCAAGCGAUGCCCAAUGCUCAGUCUAUGGGGAUCGAAGAUAUAAAAACUAAUUGUGUCCCACAGGCUCGAUUAGCAAAGCCUACCAUGAUUAAUAGCACUACUGACUUCAAUACCCAAGGACGGAAUGAUGAUUUAAGGACUCUGCUAAACUCUCGAAACCCAAGAAAUAACAACUCACCUGUACACCGGAAUAUUCCACCUACUGGGAAUAAAAUUUCAGGAUCUAAUACUUCAGAUCAACUGAAAAAUAUCCGUUCUAGUUUUUCUGGAACUAAUAGCCAAAAUUAUUUCCGGAUACAAAUACCUAGCACACGUGCAAUAUCUCGACCUAAGGGAUUUGCAAUGACAGAUAGUUUAAAAUUGUAUGAAGAACAAAUUUUCAGUCAUUGUCAACCUUCUCAACGUCCUCAGUCAUGGUGUCUAGAUUUCGACCAACCACGAGAUGAAAAUAACCCGGUAGAUGAUUCACAUUCUAGUUCUCCAGCGUCUACUGUGUCUUCAUCUUUCUCUUCUUCCUCCUCAUCAGAUACUUCCCAAUUACUAUCUCAGAACCAUACGGAUCUUAGAAGGAUAAGGAAUGUUCCCUAUUAUACUCCACCUGUGCACCCACGAAACUCUUCAAGAUAUUAUCAUCAAAAUGCUCCAGUUGUGACGUCCUCUACUGGACUUGUGGCUAGUGAAGCUACAACUCCUACCAGUGGUGCACCACUUGGUUGCCAUCUAGCGGAACUAGCCAAAGAACCUCGUUCAAGUCAGAAAUGUCAUAAUAAUAAUAAUAAUAAUAAUAAUAAUAAUAAUAAUAAUAAUAAUAAUAAUAAUAAUAACUAUGCACCUGUGAAGUCAGUUGAUGAAGUUUUUUCUUCAAAUGAACUAAUUAAUCAUUGCCUCAACACACGAAAUUCUCAUUUCAACCAUUCUGGUGUUAUAUAUUCCAAUGCACAAUCAGAGUCAAUUCAAACUAACUCCAGUUAUGAUACAGUACGUCCAAUUAAUUUAUCACCAGCUAAUCUAAGAUCGAACUUUUUAAUAAGUCGACCAAGUUUACCUCUGGAAACUACUGUAAAUGACGAUCAAAUUUCUCAUGUUCACUAUCUUCGUCAUCAUUCAUGUGAAGAAAACUAUUCACAACCAAAUUCUGAUUGUAGAAAGUUAUCACUGAUUACUGGAUCAUCUCAAUUAAUUGGUGAUAAUAAUAAUGAUAAUGAUAAUAAUAAUAACAAUGCUCAAGAGCAUUUCUCUUCUUCACGGCUUACACCAUCACCCAUAAUUUUCUCUUCAUCUGUUAGUGAUCGUUCAGACAAUAACAAUACCACGAUACCACCAUCUUUGUUGGACAGUCAUCAAGAUGUAAUCGCUUCUCCUAUUAUACCUCCAUCUACAACUACUUCUUCGAAUAAUUCAGAUGUUGAUCCAAUUCAUAGAGCAGAUGAACAACACCAGAAUAGUAGAUCAGUUUCUCCAACAUGUUGUAGCUCUCUCUUAUUACCUCCACCUGUUCCAUGGAAUUUGGAUUUAACAACAUCUGAAGUGAAUGAAACAACACCAAGUUUAUUUGUUAAUAAUAGUAAUGAUAUGAUUUUAAAAAAUGAUUAUUAUCAAGGUAAAAUAGAUAUUGGAUAUAAAUUUAAUGAUGGUUUAUAUAAUGGUGAUACUACACAACAACAUGCUUGUAAAAAUGUCGAUAAUAAUAAUCAUUCGAGAUGUCGAAGUAAAGAUUCACUCCUUUCAGAUGACAUAAACUUUUUAAAUAAUUCAUGCAACACUCAUCAUCAUUAUCCGAAUUAUGAUAAUAAACCACUUGGAUUAUUAUCACCAAGUCAUCAUUUGAAUUUUGAUAGUUUUGAAUUUCUGAAAUGA